UUCAGGUGAGAAAUUGCUUCGUUCUUUCAUCAGCCCAAUACAGGACGAUUGGGAUGAAUUGUUGCCAGUAGUGGACUUUGCAGUUAACAAUUCUGCACACGAGAGCACCCAUGAGAAACCCUUUGUCUUGAAUUGUGGUUGGCAUCCCACAACCCUUGUGAUGUACGGGAUUCAGAGUAUGAAAAUCCCUGCCGCAAAGGGCUUUCUUG